AGAAGGUCGGUGACAAAGUCUCGCUUCCACACACUCUCUCAUCUCUCCGGGUUUUCCCCUUUGCGCCAUCGAUCGCUGCCAUCAGUCUAGGUUUUUCUUUCAUCAGAUUCGUGAAAAGACUCCUGAUUUCGAUCAAUUACCUUCUCAUUUCUGUGAUUAUCCUCGAUUACCUGUAACAAUCGGAGAGCAAUGGACUCAAAUUCAUGGAUCAAUUGCCCCUCUGUUUUCUCAUCGUCUUCUUCUUCGCGGCGGUAUCAAUCCCGAUCAGAUUUGUAUUUGGGAGGAGGGUUCGAGGAUUUCGAAGGGGAAGAUGAUCUGAAGGCGGAGUUUAUCUGCCCGUUUUGCUCAGAGGAUUUUGAUUUCGUUGGGCUUUGUUGCCACAUUGAUGAGGAGCAUCCCGUCGAGGCGAAGAACGGGGUAUGUCCUGUCUGCACAAAGAGGGUGGGAAUGGAUAUUGUUGGCCAUGUUACCACACAACACAGGAACUUCUUUAAGGUGCAGCGAAGGAGAAGGUUGCGCAGAGGUGGAUAUAGUUCUGCUUAUCUUGCGCUGAAGAAGGAACUGCGGGAAGCAAACAUGCAGUCUCUUCUCGGCGGAUCUUCCAACUUUAAUUCUUCAGCAGCCAACAUAGAUUCUGAUCCGCUGCUUUCAUCCUUUAUGUUCAACACUCCUUCGGCUAAGGAGUCGGGAAUCGGGUCUGUUACAUCCAUUACUGAAGGAGCCUCGGCAACAAAAGCCUCCCCACAUGAGCAAUCCCUCGAGAGAGACAUCCGAGAAACGCCACUUUCAGGCGAGGAUCAAGAGAAGGCAAGAAAGAGCGAGUUUGUUCGCGGCCUGCUUUUGUCAACCAUGUUCGAAGACAUCUAAUCUCACUAAAGCCAAAGCCUUUCAGCUGGUGGCAUGGUGGGGGAUAUGCAUAAGGUCUCAUUGAAUAAUGUAAGCAUAGCCUUUGUAGUGUAGGAGACGAAGAGUACCCAUUCAUAUAUUAUCAACCGUUGUACCUGGAACUUGUAUGUGCAUAAUUUUAAAAGAAUGUAGCUACUUUUCCUUCA